AUGGGCUGUGCUCACUUCUCAUGGCAGCCAUCAUUGACCAACGCCAUUGAUGUAAUGGUCACUCGAUCCCAUGGUUUGCAAGAUGCACACGCGGACGAGUUGGCUGACUGGGUCUGCGACGUUUGCAGGAAGAGCGGCCUCCGUUCUUUCUACAAGCCUGGGUUGUCCGGUUCUUCGGCUCUGGAAGGAGGUCGGCGGCGAUUGCUCAGAGAUGCCUUUGAGUUGGCAAACUGUGUCGCAGCAGUUGCAGUUGCGGUGGCCAUCCAGACGGAGAGGCAAGCGCAACUUGCAAAUGAGAUUGUUUGGGCGGCUCAGCACUCCAAGCCAAUCAUCCUCAUGUACGACUCAUCAAAGCCGUUCGACAUGAAUGCUUGGCAGGAAAGCUUCCCAGAACUCUUCCCUUCACAUGUGGUGAGGUACUACGGGAAAGGCCAUGAGGAAUGUGCUGCCGAACUCACGCGGGCGAUUCAGACCAAGGCUGUGCGGGAUGCAGGAGCCCGGGCUGAGGCCACGCCUCGCAUGGUUGAAGUGAGUGAGCCAACCGAACAACCUUCUGAGCCGAAAGCUCCUUGCCCUGAGGCAUGGCAAGCCGCGUUGGAGCGCUUGCGCUCCGCACAGCCUUCCGAUCUUCCCAAAGUCAGCUUCAAGGGGAUCCUACGUAAUCGCGAGCGAUGGACCAAGAGGCAGAGUCCAGCUGCUUUUCUGGAUAGGGAAGUUCAGGAGGCUGUUCGCUUUGUUAUGGGCUCGCUUCCAAUCUCUUCAGAGGAUGCUGCUUUGGAGCUGCUUUGCGCCAGCGUCGGUGUAAGUGAACGUGUUGUAUCGGCCUCGUUGCGCAUUCUGGCCGUGCGAAUGAACGACAUGGCUCCUCAGCUAGAUCUGUUGCAGGAGGUCUUUGCUUGGUCGCUUGCGGCAGUCCAUCGACAUGUGGACAGCGUGGACGUCUGCACGUUUGGCAUGGAUUGCUUGCAAAUCUCAUACGGGCUGAUGCUUUCCAUGGGUGAAAAGCCUAUGAAAAUCUGCAGCACGGAAGCAGAGCAAAUAGUGUCUGCUCUUCGAAGCUUCCCUGCCUGCCACAUGCUGCAGCGGAAUGGCUUUACGCUGCUCCGACAGCUCCUGGAAUGCCCGAACUCCUUCCGAGUGCAAGAUGCAGGGGAUGCCAUCGCGCUGCCCGGAGGGGGACUGGCACGCAUCCUCACGCGCGAAGGUGUUGCGGAGAUGGCUUUGAAGGCCAUUGGCCCGGGUGACCCCAGUUUCCUCCGUGAUGCGUGCAAAGUGCUACAAGUCCUGUCGGUGUCAUCGCGACACGUGAAGGAGCAGGGAUCCUAUUCUGGCGCACCUGCAUUUCUGUUUGUUCCUCUCAAGCACGCCGGGCUGUCUGCCCUUGCAGCGGGCGACGAUGAGGGUCAGGAAGUGGUUGGCCAGGCUGAGGGUCUCUUCGAGGCACUCCAUGACUGCUUACAAGCAACGCCGGAGCAGUCCCUGGAGGUCUUCACCCUACUGUGCCUGCUGACCGCCAGACAUGCCGAGAACAAAAGAAGGUGCCGCUCCGCACUCGACGCUGCCUUGCUGCGUGAGGCCGUGAGACUCUGCACUGACGGGGAAACUCCA